CGAUGUCAUCGACAAUAUGUAACGCGGUCAUCGCUGUUCCACACACCCAGCACCGCUAGUGAGGAACUUGACGAUAACGUCCUAAUAAACGGUGAUCUACACUCCGAAAACGACAGUGGUAUCGAGUCGCUUCGUCAAAACCAUUCUCCGUUUGCAAGUGAUGGUACGCGAAAGAAAUACAAUGAAAGCAAUGGACGUAAAGAUGGCAAACGUGUAAAACAGGUUAAAGAGCGCCGAAAAUCGCUAGGAGCGGUGCUGGACUCAGCUGAAAUGGAGCAGAUGUAUUUGGAGAGCGAUCGCUUUUGGGAAUCCACGGAAAGUGGAGCCAAAGGUACUGGUACAGGGAACGCGGAAAUUGACGUGUGCUUGAAGUACCAUCUUUCAAGAGUGAUCAGAUGUUUGCAGGUUCUGGAGAACAUGAAAACCGAUUGUCCACUGAUUUGUAAGUACAGUGAGACGAUAAAGAAAUUGGAGCUGGAGAAUGUGACACUAGAUCGUUUAUUACGAUUGACAAAGACUAUACCGGCUGUGCCAAAUGUUGCGACUGUGUUAUCAGAUAUCGGUGCCGAUCCAUCACUGCAGGAGAUCUGGAUGUCUGCUUGUUACCCCCUUCACGCCCAACUAGUUGUGCCCAGAGACGAUCUCCGAACUCAAGUGAAGCUCAAUAUCGCACAUAUAGUCGAGCACAACUAUCCACAUCUAGUGAAUAGA